UCAUCAACUUGAGGGAGGAACCUUUUGCAAAUAUCACCACAGCAUUGACUCAGUCUCAAAACUUCAUUUCUCAACUCUUGAGUCUUGAGCUUCAAUUUGUAGUGCAAAAAAAAAAUGUCUUUAGCUAUUCUACAGCAAAGUUUCUUGAUUAGUCCUCUUUCUUCAACAUACAAACCAAGAAAAUACAGCACAUUCUUCCCUGUACAUAGCACUAAAAUCUUGUGCAAACACAACCCAGAUGACCCACAAGACUCGUUGAGGAAAAGUGAAAAUAAAUUUGAAAAGUUGGCUUUAGCUGCAGUGGCAGUUGGGGUUUUGACACUGGGCUCAGUGGAUCCAGCAUCAGCUGCUAAGACUGGUGGCAGAAUUGGUGGUCAGGCUUUUCGACCAUCAUCUCCUCCUCGCUCUUCCUCACCAAGGAUCAAUAAUUCAAGAACAAAUAUAUAUGUGAAUCCACCAGUUGCUCCUCCUCUAGUAGGUGGAUAUGGAUAUGGCUAUGGUAUUCCAUUCUAUGGUGGAUGGGGUUGGUCACCUUUUUCGUUCUUCGCACCAGGGCCUGGUGUUGCCGUUGGCAUUGGAGGUGGAUUUGAUACACUGGUGCUCUUCUUGGUUCUUGGUGCUGUUGCUUCUUUUCUUAGAAGGGUGCUUGGGAAAUCAAGGGAUGAAGAUGAGUACUAGCACAUGUUCAUCCAAAUAUAGUUUUGUACUAGCAGUGUCAUCUAGUCAUACAGUAUAUAAUUAACCUUAUGUAUUGCUGAAUUUUUUUCACUUCCUUUCUAUGUAAAUUCAUCUGCAAUAUAUUUUAGUAUAGCAAUCUUUUACAUCACA